AUGGAAUUCAACUCGCCACAACCAGAACAGGCUCAAUUACAUGGGCAUAUCCAUUCGAAGGGAGCUACGAUGUUACUCAAUAUGCUCCACCAGCAAGUUCAGGCGGAGCUUAAUAAGGGGGGCAGUGGUAGUCAUGGAGAAUUGUCGGGCCACAGAGGUGCGAAAGGGGAGUCACAGAUGCGUUCAGAUGGGGUUUCUGGGGUUCCUGUUAUUGGUGAUGGGGGCAUUUACAUUGAGGGCAGUGGUAGUAUCGAUUUGACACUAGAUGAGAAUAAUCUGAUUCCUUCGCCGCCAUUAUCGCCCAAGGUCUAUCAAGGUGAGAUAGGGGCGAGCUUAAGCCACGAUGCUGUAUCUUUGGAUCGGGUUGGCAUGCAAAAGAACACAAAUCUAAGGGGGUUGGAUGAUGCUGAGCAGGUCAGUGCUGGGUGCGGUGAAAUUGUAGUGACGCCAAGUUGGACUACUGGAAUGACUACAAAACGGUACCGUUAUGCGACACACGGAUUCCUUUCACAGUACCGUCUCAUGGGGUACGGUAAUGGUGGUUUGACAAGACCAAAACGCCAGCCAGCGUCUAGCUCUAGUGUUGUGGCUCGGAGGUCUGCCAAGUACAGUAAGACGUAUGCUUCUGGAUCUGACUUUGAUAAGGUGUACAGAACAAGGCGCGUUACUAAAAAUGCCGUUAAUGCUGCUGGAGAAAUAGAAGACAUGUCAUCGGUACCAGUUCCAUCCAGACCCUCACCCCGUGCAAACCGCAAACCCAAAAAGUCGCAUAUACACCAUGGCCAGCAUCAACUGCACUCUUCGCCUUUGGCCUCUGCAAAAGAAGUUCAUUCUGCACCCACAUACGUUCCCAAUAUGAGUUGGGAGAAGCUCCCAGAUUAUUCUCCACCGUUAUCUACACUACCAUCUAAUAAUAACAAUAAGUGUCUAAAGGUUGAAUGGAAGGGUUCAUCAAUGGAUUUGUCCAAUGACCCCUUGAAACACAAACUACAUCCCGCAGAAUUAGUCUUGGCACAAACGUUGCGGCUACCCUGUGAUUUGUAUUUGGACUCAAAGCGCAGAUUGUUCUGCGAAAAAGUGCACCGUUUGAAACAAGACAUGCCUUUUCGGAGGACUGAUGCUCAAAAGGCUUGUCGCAUCGACGUUAACAAGGCUUCUAGGUUGUUUGCUGCAUAUGAAAAGAUUGGUUGGUUGGAUGACGACAAUUUUGCCAAAUACCUAUGA